AUGUCGAGAAAUCAGAGUAAAAAGACAGAUAAUGACAAGAAAAGCAGUGAUUCAGAUUUGGGUGCAACGAUUUUAGCUGGUGCAGCAGUCGUUGGUUUGUCUGCUGUGGCAGCUUAUGGUUUAUACAAACUUUUUGAUUCUAUUUUUGAAGAUGUUGAGAAAGAAAAGGAUGCUGCUGAAAAACUGGAUGAAGAAAGUUGUGAACGUCGCCAACCGAAGCCUGUUUCAACAGACCUGAAUUUGAAAAUCAAUGAUUGGAACAACAGUUUUAGUGUUCUCCCAAAAACAAACAAAGAUGAAUUGUUAUUCAACUAUGAGAAGAGCAUCUUUAUAGAGGAAAAAUUUCUCACACCUUUGAAAAGGAUUGUAGAACAAGUUCAGAAACGUUUUAGAGAAAGUAUUCAACACAAUUGCAAUGUAAGAGGCAUCAAAUUUGAACAAUUUAUUAAGUGCGGAUGGGGUAGAGAUUUCUUUCUCAUAAAAUCACUGGAUUAUUUCACUUUUUUGGUUCCAUUAACAAUUGAUUAUUACCUGUUUGAAAAAAUCCAAGCUGAUUAUAAAUCUUAUAAACUGAGUUCUCGCCAUGAUGGCUUGAACCAAUUAAAAUAUAAAAAUGAGCUUCUAACACCCACUUCCGUUGCUGAGUAUAUGUUGUUUAGUGUGAAGAAUAAAUUUGAGGAAAUGUUGAAAAUGGACAAUAUAGUAAUCUCUCAAGUGAACAUCACCGGCGGUUGCAUAUUUCUUAUUUGUAAUAGUUCUGCAUCACCAGCUGUAAAAGUUAAAGUAAAAAUGAUUCCAGCCGUCAAAAUUAAUGAUAAUUAUUUAGUACCAGCAGAAAAUGAUAGUUCAUAUAUUUGGAAAUUAUUUUUUAUAGAUCAAGAAGAUUCAUUUUUGGCUCAAUUUAGUCCACUCUCUAUGUCUCAUAAAAUAAUUUUCUCAACUUUUGUUAAUAUAUCACUGACAUUGAAUGAUUAUUUUUCAGUCUUACACACAGAACACUUGAAGCACAUAAUGUUUCAUUUAAUUGAGGAUCAACCCUACGAAGUGGAUUGGGAUCUUGAAACGGUUUUUGAACAUUUUGUCGAUUUUUUGAUAGAGCUACAAAAAUGUCUAGACAGAAAGGUUUUGCUGAAUGUUUUCGAUGAAAGUAUAAACAUGUUUUACGAUUUGCAAGAUAUGCCAAGAAAAAAACUGCAAAAAUUUAUUGAAGAAAUUAUUUCUAACAAAAGUUGGAAUAAACUGUUAAAAUCAGGUUUUUAG